ACACAAAUCUCUCUUCUCUCUCUCUCUUCUCCUAGAAGCUGAUUUUCAGAGGCAACAGCAAUGAGUAUCUUAUCCACAAGAUGGUUUUCUGAGCAGGAAAUAGAAGAAAAUAGCAUAAUUCAACAGUUUCACAUGAACUCAAUAGUGGGAGAGGUCCAAGAAGCUCAAUACAUUUUUCCACACUCUUUCACGACCAACAAUGAUCCCUCUUAUGAUGAUUUGAUCGAAAUGAAACCACCAAAGAUCCUUGAGACAACUUACAUAUCACCUUCUUCUCAUCUUCCUCCAAAUUCAAAGCCCCAUCAUAUUCACCGUCAUUCUUCCUCAAGAAUUCUCUCUUUCGAAGAUUAUGGUUCAAAUGAUAUGGAACACGAGUACUCUCCCACCUACCUAAACUCAAUCUUUAGCCCAAAAUUAGAGGCUCAAGUGCAACCACACCAGAAGAGUGAUGAGUUUAAUCGAAAAGGGACCAAGAGGGCUCAACCGUUUUCAAGAAACCAAUCCAAUGCUCAGGAUCACAUAAUAGCCGAAAGAAAACGUAGAGAGAAGCUUACUCAAAGAUUCGUAGCUCUUUCCGCUCUAGUUCCUGGCCUUAAAAAGAUGGACAAGGCUUCUGUGUUGGGAGAUGCAUUAAAGCAUAUAAAGUAUCUCCAAGAAAGAGUGGGAGAGUUGGAGGAACAGAAGAAAGAAAGAAGAUUGGAAUCAAUGGUUCUUGUGAAGAAGUCUAAGCUGAUCUUGGACGAUAAUAAUCAAUCAUUCUCUUCUUCUUGUGAAGAUGGCUUCUCGGACUUGGAUCUUCCCGAGAUCGAGGUAAGAUUCUCGGAUGAAGAUGUUCUAAUCAAGAUCCUUUGCGAGAAGCAAAAGGGUCAUCUUGCCAAGAUUAUGGCCGAGAUUGAGAAACUUCAUAUCUUGAUAACUAAUUCAAGUGUAUUGAAUUUUGGACCAACUCUUGAUAUCACCAUUAUAGCUAAGAAGGAGAGUGAUUUCGACAUGACACUCAUGGAUGUUGUAAAGAGCUUAAGGUCUGCUUUGUCGAAUUUCAUAUGAUUGUAUUAACUUUCAUGCUUCUCGUCAAUUUCUACUGUGGGAGAUCUUGUUGAACACAUGGACGAAACAUAAGUGGUUUGCCAUGAAAAUGUUUUUUUUUUUUUAUAAGUUUGAUUGGAGGUUUUCUUAUCUGUUAAUUAUCUAUAAUUCUAUAUAUAAAUAAGAUUAAAUUAGUUGAAAAUUCACUUCUCUUUUUUUCUCUAUUUGGUUCUUUCCCCCUUUAUGUAUUAUAUUGCUGUUUCCAAAGAUGUAAAGCACUUCCGUUUAUGUAUUUGUAUUAUAUGGUUUAU